UGCUGGAGAGGGCUCUUACCUGUUCAUAUAUACGAUUUGCUUUCGUUGGUAAGUACCAUGAGCACGAGCAAAACCAUUCUUGGCCAGAAGACGUGACUCGGCGCUUUGGGAUCUAGAGCCAUGUCCGUGGUGACUACUUCUCUCUCGACCCAAUCCUUUUAUACUUCCUUUCCUCUACCUCACCGACUUCAGCUCCCUGAACCUUAUUUACCUCUUCGCUCUCCACUCUCUCGAAAACCCCUUUAUCUCUCUGCUUCUGCUUCUGCUACUCCCUCUUCGUCACCUUCUUCUUCUUCUCCCAUUUUCCUCUCAUUUUUCGACGACCCACUACCAGAAAAUGUUCCAGAACCAGAUAAUUCGACAAUUAACAGCGAAGAAGGUAAAGAACAAGAAGACCCAAUUCUUAAAUUCUUCAAGUCACGAACUUUAUCGGCAGAAUUGACUGAAGAUCCUGCUCGAGAAUCCAAAUUUUCCCUCCAGAAGAACCGUCGAACUUCCUGGCACCUAGCUCCCGACUUCACCGACCCGGAAACCGAAAGUGGGCCCGAACCUGAGAACCCCGUCUCAUUGGCAAACCAACAAACGAUUGGUGUGCACACUCCGUUCAAAAGCGGCGUCGCUUGGGGGAUCCUUGAAAUAGCUAAGACUCUGAAGGAGAAUCAAACUCUGGGAGAGAUGUUAUCAGGUUUCGAAGGAAAGGUCAGCGAAACAGAGUGCGUAGAGGUAUUGGUGAUGAUGGGUGAAUCUGGUUACGUCAAGAGCUGUUUGUAUUUCCACGAGUGGAUGAGUUUGCAGAAUCCGUCUCUCGUUUCGCCUCGUGCUUGCUCUGUGUUGUUUACAUUGUUAGGUAGAGAAGCAAUGGGUGAUAAGAUUCUGCUUCUGCUUCGUAAUUUACCAGACAAGGAUGAGUUCAGCGAUGUUCGUCUGUACAAUGCGGCCAUUUCUGGACUUUCAGCUUCUCAAAGGUAUGAUGAUGCUUGGGAAGUGUAUGAAGCUAUGGAUAAGAUCAAUGUCGAUCCGGAUAAUGUUACAUGUGCUAUAAUGAUCACAGCGAUGAAGAAAUCAGGACGAAGCGCGAAAGAAGUUUGGGAGAUAUUCGAGAAGAUGAGCGCGAAAGGUGUGAGAUGGAGUCAGGAUGUAUUCGGUGGCCUUGUGAAAUCAUUCUGUGACGAAGGGCUUAAAGAAGAAGCUCUUGUGAUCCAAACAGAGAUGGAGAAGAAAGGCAUACGUUCAAACACCAUUGUGUAUAAUACGUUGAUGGAUGCUUACAACAAAUCCAACAACAUAGAAGAAGUGGAAGGUCUUUUCGCAGAAAUGAGAACUAAAGGCUUGAAGCCUACAUCUGCCACUUACAACAUUCUCAUGGAUGCUUACGCCAGAAGGAUGCAGCCAGAUAUCGUGGAGAAGCUUCUGCAAGAGAUGGAAGGUUUAGGUUUAGAGCCGAAUGUGAAAUCGUACACAUGUUUGAUUAGUGCGUAUGGGAGGACGAAGAAGAUGAGUGAUUUGGCUGCUGAUGCUUUCCUUCGUAUGAAGAAACUAGGUUUAAGACCUACUUCACAUUCUUACACAGCUCUUAUUCAUGCGUACUCUGUUUCUGGGUGGCACGAGAAAGCUUAUGCGUCCUUUGAAGAGAUGCUUAAAGAAGGGAUUAAACCGUCGAUUGAAACAUACACAUCGCUCCUCGACGCAUUCAGAAGGUCUGGUGAUGUAGAAAAGCUUAUGGAGAUUUGGAAACUAAUGCUAAGAGUAAAGAUCCAAGGCACAAGGAUCACAUAUAACACCGUUCUUGAUGGUUUUGCCAAGCAAGGCCGCUACAUCGAAGCGAGGGAUGUUGUUUCCGAGUUUGAUAAAAUGGGUUUGCAGCCGACUGUUAUGACUUACAACAUGCUGAUGAAUGCGUACGCACGAGGAGGUCAAGACUCGAAAUUGCCACAGCUGUUGAAGGACAUGGCUGCGCUUAACUUAAAACCUGAUUCCAUCACGUAUUCGACUAUGAUCUACGCGUUUGUUCGUGUUCGAGACUUCAAAAGAGCGUUCUAUUACCACAAGAUGAUGGUUAAAAGCGGGCAAGUACCGGACCCAAGGUCAUACGAGAAACUUAGGGCGAUUCUUGAAGAUAAGGCAAAGACCAAGAACAGAAAAGAUAAGAGUGCUAUACUUGGUAUAAUUAAUAGCAAAUUCGGUCGUGUUGAAGCUAAGACGAGAGGGAAGAAGGAUGAGUUCUGGAAAUACAAAAGGAACCGAACAUCUUAUAAACCUGAUCCUCACCGAUCUUGAAAGCUAUUUGGAUGCUAUAGUUGGUACAUACUGAGAAUGCACACAAGCUAUAUGAAUCUACUUUUAUUUUCCUCUGUUCUUUGUAGUUAAGUUCGCUUCGGCUGGGCAAAAUUCCCGAGCCUGACCAAAAUUCC